GGUACGUCAUGAAGGAAGAGAGAGAGAGAGAGAGACGGGAGAGCAACAUCUGGCCAAACUCUCGUCUUACUUUAACCACACCCACAGGCGCAUUCUUCACGCGGAGCGCUCUACCUGUCGAAAGUAAACGAUUUCGUGCGUAAAAUUACCCAAACGUCGAGAAAAGAGCUAUAAACGGGGACUAAAAUUUGAGUUUAGUCUCUUAGGAUGGAUUAGGUGUCACUUGAUUCAACGUUUUAUAAGGAAGAAAGGAAAUCCAAGUUUGAGUGUGUGCCAGGACCAUGGACUGGAAGACCUUCCAGGCCCUACUCAGUGGGGUCAAUAAGUACUCCACAGCAUUCGGCCGAGUAUGGCUGUCAGUGGUAUUUGUGUUCAGGGUCAUGGUCUAUGUGGUGGCCGCAGAGAGAGUGUGGGGCGAUGAGCAGAAGGACUUUGACUGUAAUACCAAGCAGCCUGGCUGUGCAAAUGUCUGCUACGACUUCUUCUUCCCAAUCUCCCACAUCCGCCUGUGGGCACUACAGCUCAUCUUCGUCACCUGUCCAUCCUUCAUGGUGGUCAUGCACGUGGCAUACCGGGAUGACCGUGAGCGCAAGUACAGGGCCAAGCAUGGGGAAGAGGCAAAGCUCUACAGCAACACAGGCAAAAAGCACGGAGGGCUGUGGUGGACUUAUCUGAUCAGCCUUUUUGUGAAGACUGGCAUAGAGGUGUCUUUCCUCUACAUUCUCCACAAAGUGUAUGACAGUUUCUACCUGCCCCGGUUGGUCAAAUGUGAGGUGUCCCCCUGUCCAAAUCAGGUGGACUGCUACAUUGGACAUCCUACUGAGAAGAAAGUCUUUACCUACUUCAUGGUUGGAGCUUCUGCCCUUUGCAUCAUCCUUAACAUCUGUGAGAUCAUUUAUCUCAUUUCUAAAAGAAUCGCCAGAUGUGUGAACAAAGUGAAAAGACGACAUCACCACAUGGCAGUGCCUGAGCAAGAUGCCAAUGAAGACAAUUUCUUCAACCAAAGCACUCUUCCUGUGUCCCAGCAAGACCUGAAAGACUUUAAGGACAGACCCCCUUCAUUUAAAUCUGUAACCAAGUCACCAGUGCACAGACUCAGGCUAGAGGAAAAAAUACACGCCUCUGCUCCGAACCUGUAUAUGUCUUAAAGAUGGGAGAGCAAACUUACUAAAGAAAGAUGUCAUCUCACAAAAGAGUGAAAUCUCAGGAUGAACUACAGCACAUAUCAAAGCUGACAUGUUGCUAAAAUCAGACAUGCAUGAACUUUGUUUUUUAUGGCAAUAUAAAUUAUACUUGAAAAUCCUCCAAAUCAACUCAAUAGCAAAUAAAUGUUUUAAUGUGUAGACUUCCUCUUAAAGAUCUUCAUUUCCUGUACAACAUUCCUGUUUAGUGUAUUUGUUCUUUCGCUUAUAUUUUCCAUGAGAGAAGAGAACUAUUAAUCAAGAAAGCAAGACACACCUGGACACGUACUUGCCUCAUGGAAGCAUUCUGCUAAUCUGAAUGAGGAAGCAAUGAUGCUGCUGAAUCCUUGCCUAGAGAAAUGGACUAACAGAGCCAAAGGGACAAGGAGGUGAUUUCCUCAAAGCCUUAAAUACACAUGGCCUAAAGUACAUUUGUUUAUAUAAAUGUAAAUAUAAUAAAUGUAUUGAUUUUUCUAUCAGA